CAGUACAUCACUAAGUCCUGGGUCGAGCAAUCCGCUGUUCGUGCUAUAUUAAGAUCCAGCGGCCUCGCGAUGCUCUUACGCACGCCCACAGAACGUUCGGAUAAAAGCAAACGUUGCAACUAUCAUAGGUUUUUGUGUCCCGAUUUUUGUCAGACCCUGCACCGUUUUAGGGUCCCGUCACUAAUAUGUGUGUGAUGUGAAAGUGUUUGACGAGGAAGAUUAAUCAAUAUGAAGUUCGCUAUUGACGUUUUGGGGAUAUUUUUGAAAGUAGUUAUUAGGGUAAAUCGGGACACGUUUGCACCACUAGUGGUGUCAACAUUGUUCAUCUUACUGACAUCGCUGCUUGCUCACUGCGCUCGGCGACUGGUGCAAAAGGCGGUUCGAGAACCCUUCAUCAGACUGCUGUUCGAAGAAGCAAUAGCUGCUGCCGAAUUAUGCGGUUGCUGCUUUGAGCUCAUCAUCGUUGCAGACAAUUUCGGUGUAGCGACAUACGCGAUAUUCUUAUUCGCGCUCACGAUUUGGUGGUCGUUGAACUGGGGAGAGGCGACGGCGUGUCCCUACACUCAUAUUGAGGACGUCAUAGAAGGCAAAGGCGACAUAAGAAAAGCCUUACUUAAGACAUGGGCAGAGUUGGCCGGUGGACUCCUGGUGUAUAAAUACAUACAAAUGUAUUGGGCCUUAGAGAUAUCUGACACACAUAAAAAUAAAGCCUUCGAAGACUGUACGGCCGAUUUACAGGUUCCUGUUCUUUACGGAGCUAUAGUUGAAGGAGUAGCGACUUGUCUUUGCAGACUCGCGUCCCGAUCGCUGAGCGACCUUAAUCCAAGGUUUGCGACAGCCAUUGAUUCGUUCAUAGGAACUUCUCUUGUCGUAGCUGGGGUUUUAUAUAGGAAUACGGUACUGACCUAUCACUAUGAAGACAGUAGUGCUAACGCCGACCUCAGUGUGUCAGUGUUUUGCAAAAUCCGUGUAGGAAAAGCUUUCGACUACUCCGGUGGCUAUUUCAAUCCGGUUCUGGCGACGUCCUUGAAAGCUGGCUGCGAAGGGCACACCUUAGCUGAACACGCUAUGGUCUACUGGCUCGGGGCAUGCGCCGGUUCGAUCAUAUCGGUGUAUUUGUAUAAACUACCAGCGAUACAGAAGUACGUGAGCGCCACAGCAGAAUUCAACGGCGAUAGCAUCUGGGCGGAUAAAGAAGAUUAAGUUCUGAGCAACGGAGCAUCAGGAAUAUUAAACUUACGAAUGAUAUUAAUCUGAUCUAGUCAAUCGAAUGCUUUACCACAUUAACGUGAAUUUAACAUAAAUAUUGUUUUGUUUAAAUCCUACAACGUUGGAAAUAUUAUCACAACCAAACAACAGGUUACAUAUUAUAACGAAAUUUCAAUAACGAUACAGUUUUCAUGAAAAGUUAAAAACUUUAAUGUAUACUAAGUACUACGAUUUGUAAAUAAACUCUACUUUCUAAUA